AGCCAGACGACGCGGCGGGAGCAGGACUGCGAUCAGAGUGGAGGCCGCGGCGAGGGUGACGGGAGCAGCGGGAGCAGGGCGGGCCGGGCUCCAUGGCGCCUGCGGCGUCAGCUUGAGCAGCGCGGGCAGCGGCGGGUGGCGGGUGGCGGGCGGAUCGGGCCGCGGCUCUUCUUUACGAUGGGGGACGUGGUGUCCACACACCUGGACGACGCCCGGCGCCAGCACAUCUCAGAGAAAACCAAGAAGAUCCUGACGGAGUUCCUCCAGUUUUAUGAGGACCAAUAUGGCGUUGCCCUGUUCAACAGCAUGCGCCACGAGAUUGAGGGCACCGGGGCGCCGCAGGCCCAGCUGCUCUGGCGAAAGGUUCCACUGGACGAGCGCAUCAUCUUCUCGGGGAACCUAUUCCAGUACCAGGAGGACAGCAAGAAGUGGAGGAACCGCUUCAGCCUCGUGCCCCACAACUAUGGGCUGGUCCUCUACGAGAACAAAGUGGCCUACGAGCGGCAGGUCCCGCCCCGAUCUGUCAUCAACAGCGCAGGCUACAAGAUCCUCACCUCCGUGGACCAGUACCUGGAGCUGGUCGGCAACUCUUUACCAGGGACGACACCCAAAUCGGGCUCUGCUCCCAUCCUCAAGUGCCCCACGCAGUUCCCACUCAUCCUCUGGCAUCCUUAUGCCCGUCACUACUACUUCUGCAUGAUGACGGAAGCCGAGCAGGACAAGUGGCAGGCCGUCCUGCAGGACUGCGUCCGGCACUGCAACAAUGGGAUCCCCGAAGACUCCAAGGUGGAGGGCCCUGCGUUCACGGAUGCCAUCCGCAUGUACCGCCAGUCGAAGGAGCUGUAUGGCACCUGGGAGAUGCUGUGUGGGAACGAGGUGCAGAUCCUGAGCAACCUGGUGAUGGAGGAGCUGGGCCCUGAGCUGAAGGCGGAGCUCGCCCCGCGGCUGAAGGGGAAACCACAGGAGCGACAGCGGCAGUGGAUCCAGAUCUCAGACGCCGUGUACCGCAUCGUAUACGAGCAGGCCAAAUCACAGUUUGAGGUGGUGCUGGCCAAGCUGCAGCUGGCGCGGCCGGCCAUGGAGGCGGUCAUCCGCACUGACAUGGACCAGGUCAUCACCUCCAAGGAGCACCUGGCCAGCAAGAUCCGAGCCUUCAUCCUCCCCAAGGCCGAGGUGUGUGUCCGGAACCACGUCCAGCCCUACAUCUCGUCCAUCCUGGAGGCCCUCAUGGUGCCCACCAGCCAGGGCUUCACCGAGGUGCGGGAUGUCUUCUUCAAGGAGGUCACAGACAUGAACCUGAACGUCAUCAACGAGGGUGGCAUUGACAAGCUGGGCGAGUACAUGGAGAAGCUGUCCCAGCUGGCGUACCACCCCCUGAAGAUGCAGAGCUGCUACGAGAAGAUGGAGCCGCUGCGGCUCGACGGGCUGCAGCAGCGUUUCGACGUUUCCAGCACGUCCGUGUUCAAGCAGCGAGCCCAGAUCCACAUGCGUGAGCAAAUGGACAACGCCGUGUACACCUUCGAGACCCUCCUGCACCAGCAGCUGGGGAAGGGGCCCACCAAGGAGGAGCUGUGCAAGUCUAUCCAGCGGAUCCUGGAGCGGGUGCUGAAGAAGUACGACUACGACAGCAGCUCCGUGCGGAAGCGCUUCUUCCGGGAGGCGCUGCUGCAGAUCACGAUCCCCUUCCUGCUCAAGAAGCUGGCUCCCACCUGCAAGUCGGAGCUGCCCCGGUUCCAGGAGCUGAUCUUCGAGGACUUUGCCAGGUUUAUCCUGGUGGAGAACACGUACGAGGAGGUGGUGCUGCAGACGGUCAUGAAGGACAUCCUGCAGGCCGUGAAGGAAGCCGCCGUGCAGAGGAAGCACAACCUGUACCGAGACAGCGUGGUCCUGCACAACAGCGACCCCAACCUGCAUCUGCUGGCUGAGGGGUCGCCCAUCGACUGGGGUGAGGAGUAUGGCGGCAGUGGUGGCGGCAGUGGGGACAGCAGCAGCCCCAGCGCCCGAGUCCCAGAGGCAGCCACCAUCUCGGAAAAGCGACGGCGUACCAAGCAGGUGGUGUCGGUGGUCCAGGACGAGGAGGCGGGGCUACCCUUGGAGGCCGGCUCUGAGCCAAUGUCACCUACUUCCCUGGACGGUGUCACUGAGCUCCGUGGCCUGCUGGCCCAGAAUCUGCGGGCCGAGAGCCCCCCGCUGGCAGCUCCCCUGCUCAACGGGGCCCCUGUGCAGGAGAGCCCCCAGCCCGUGGCCCUCCCUCAGGCCUCCUCACCGCCUGCCUCGCCCCUCCGGCAACUCCCACCUGGAAAGGCUGUGGACCUUGAGCCUCCCAAGCCCAGCGACCAGGAGACUGGGGAACAGGUGUCCAGCCCUGGUGGCCGCCCCUCCAUCCACACCACCACCGAGGACAGCGCAGGGGUGCAGACUGAGUUCUAGGCUGGUCACCCCCACGCUUCUGUUGGACAAGGCGCACGGGCCCCUCCCUCCAAGGCGCUGGCCAGCUUGGCUCCGGCAGGCGCGGGUCUGCGCCUCGGGUGCAGGUGGGGCGGGGCUGGCGUGGCACCGCGGGGGCUGGGCAGGGAAGGGCCCUCCUGAAGUCACUUUAUUGGUUUGGUCAUACUCUGUUACUCCGUUUUCUCUUUUGUGGGGUGAACUUGGCUUUCCUGCUUGUGCUGGGAGCUGAGCGUAGCUGAGGGGCCAGGGAGUGCCCGGUGGUCCCGGUUCUCUGGGUCCUCCCUGCCUUUCUUCUGUGGCCUGUUUCCCUCGUGGGCUUGCCAGCCUUGCAAAGAGGGGGUUAAAGGCACUGUCUGCUGUGACUCAGAGCCUAUGAAUUCCCUCCUGUCACUAAGGGCUCGUUGGAACUGGAAACACAGAGUGCUGAGCCCAUCUUCUGUUCAUUCAGGCUGGGCCAGGGGCCUUGCUCCCCAACCCUAGCUGAGGGGAGGUGCAAGGACGGUGUCUUCAGGCUAGAGCCAGGCUGGGGGUGCUGGGGGGGAGGGCUGCCACAUGAAGGGGGAUGGGCCUACAGGCCUGGGGUUGGAAUGGAAAGGCCUGGAAUGUGCUGGUUGGGGUGAGGAAGUGUUGGAGGGCAGAGGGAGCGUUGCUGGAGGCCAGGCAGGCCUCAGGCCUUCGUCCCCACUCCCAGCCGCAGCGCUCUCUCUCCUUCGUGCGGUGCCAGGACCCUGCCUUCAGGAGUCCCGCUGUGCCUGCACGCACUUUGCUCAGAGGCCGGGUUUGGUGGGUGCAGACUCUGCCUUCGGGGGCCACCUCCAGGUUCGGGCUGCGCACCGAGGGGGCCGCAGCUGUCCGAGGACAUGGGGUCGGGCUGUGGUGUGGCCCUACUGCCUGAUUCACCAUGUCACCUCGCCCUGAACAUUCCAGGCCCCUUUUCAAAUGUGAGUCACUGGGGCUCAACUGUCCUCCUUUAGCUUCUUGUCCCCAGGGGUGGGAGCUGAGCCGAGGCAGCCCUCAGGCCCUGCUGCUGCUGCUGCUGCUUUGAAUGGAGGCCAGCAGGGCAGAGUGGGACCCUUUUGGGGUCUUCCGGCAGGGCCCCCACCCAGCCCUGCACCCUCUCUCCCUUUAACCUGCUUCUUGGGGCCUGGGCCUUGGACGCCCAGGACGUGAGGCAGUGGCUGGUGCUCAGGGUCCCCCAGUCUGCCCCAGCCCCAAUCUCAAACACCUCACUAACCUCUAAUGCCAACACGUUCCGUCUCAAGAUGCUGUCCUCUUGUGCCUUUUGGGGUUUUCCAGUCAUCCUUCCCAGAUAAUGUAUUGAAAAUAUUAUGCAAAUUGUUUAAACUCUACUAAUCAAUAAAUGCUUUAUUUAAAGCCA